AUGUCUCAAGAAAGGAUUGGAUUCAGAGAUGGCUCGUCGGCAAAAUACGACGCCAAGUUCUCAGGGUCGCAGAAUUGGGUCAAUAGCAGUGCCAAGGAGUUCCGCCUCCAAACAAGUUCGCGGCGAGCCACACAGAGAAUCGCUUUGGCCGAUGAGGGUUCACCAUCAACAAACACAGCAAGCCGCCCGUCAUUAAAUAACGACGAAACAUCUGGCAGGACACUUGACUUUGCACUAGGAGAGUCAACAUAUUUCAAUUCGACAGUUCCAGAAAGUCUAUCCCCUUCCCGUGGUGGGCACCCACAGGCUUCAGCCCUGCCAGCCUUUCAAACUCAACCGUCCCAGCACCCACUAGCACUAUCUCAACGCGGUCCUUCUUGGGGCGGCCUACUGCAUGCGUUAGAACCACCUCAUCAACGAGACUUGCCCUUGGAAGGUGUCCAAGAAGCGUGUCUCUUACGAUACUUCAUAGAAGAGUUGUCCCAUUGGUUCGAUCUGGUUGACCCGCAGCGAAAAUACCAAUUAGUUGUUCCAGAACGAGCCAGGCGAUAUCCCCCUUUACUCAAUGCCAUCUUAGCAAUGUCCGCACGGCAUUUAUGCCGCGUUGAGAAAUACAAGACACCCCGAGGAAUCGUAUAUCGCGGCCAGCCAUUACCAAAUCUCAGUUCACACUCCGCAGUUGAGUAUAUGCUUAAUUGUAUCCCCGUCCUCAAAGACUUUCACACUACGCAGGAUGGAGAGACUCGAGAACUCAUCGUGACGACGGCUGUGAUUCUACGUCACUUUGAGGAGUUAGAUGAUGAAGAUGAAGAUCCUGCUCUUGAUACUCGCCCAGACGAGGGUGUAAACUUCCUCGCAAUUCUGAACGCUGUUCUACGAAGUCUAACCUCGGACGAUCUUAUUAACCGUCGAGAACUUCUGAUUGCAUCUUACUGGGUUGCUUUACGACAGGAAGUCUACUAUGCUCUUCGGAAGGGAUAUCCUGCGCAGAUGGUUGAACCGCCUGCUGAGUGGUCAGAUAUAUCGCCAGCAAAUAGAAUCGUCUUUCAUACUAGUCAAGUCACAAAAUGGUUAUUUGACGACAAGUCAGAGAGUGGAUGGCGUGAGUGGUCUCUCAGUUCUUAUAGUGUUCAGGUACUAAUGGUUCGACGAGUAGAUAAACUCAAAGAGCAGGAAGAAUAUCUUGAGCAACCGAGUUCUAGGAGAGGUGUUCCCAACAAUGUGGUAUGCUUCGCCGAUCGCCUUAACAGGCAUGCAGCACAUGAUGAUAGCAAAGAUGAUUCUCAUCGCAGAGUCACCUCUUCUCUCCCCUCCAGCGCCCAAGCCCUUGCUUGCACUAAUCCCUCCAGACAAGCCGAGGAUGUACGCGCCGCAUAUCGCAAAGCCGAAGGCGAAGUGCGACACCUAGUCCUCCAAGUCUGCGGAACUGCCGUCCAACAUCCCGAUACUCAGCCAGGUCUCGUAAAUGCCAUCCUAGCUAUACAAAUGUACGGGAGCUACUUCACUGAUCCAUGGGAACAAGAAGCACUUAAGAAGACGGUUCAGAUGUUUAAGGAUUGCCAGGCUUGGCCGCUACCCAAAGCUUUGAGGGAGCGAUAUUAUAAGCCAUAG